AUGGUUACAAAAUUGAUAGAGUGGCUUCUUGAAAAGGAUGCACUUGUCUGUAAUGGAAAAUUUUUUCAAGUUAGAUGUGCUGCUCAUAUUCUUAAUUUGGUUGUGCAAGAUGGUGUCAAAGAAAUAAGUGAUGUGGUUGACAAGAUCAGAGAAAGCAUAAAAUAUAUUAAGGCAUCUCUAGCUCGAUGUGAAAUUUUUGAUCGAGCAGUGCGUCAUGUCAAAGUUAUUUGUAAAAACAAGUUGUGCCUUGAUGUUCCAAUUAGAUGGAACUCAACAUUUCUUAUGCUUGAUGUAGCUUUACAAUAUAAAGAAGCUUUUGGUCGUUUUGAAGAACUUGAUCGUCACUAUCAUUUCAGACCAACAAAGGACGAGUGGAAGAAGGCUACUAUUAUUCAUAACAGUUUGAAGGUAUUUUAUGAUGCUACUAAUGCCAUUUCUGCAGUCAAGUGUCCAACUUCCAAUAUCUUCUUUAAAGAGUUUUGUGAGAUAAAGUUGAAAAUUAAAAAAAUGUGUUCAAGUUCAGAUAUUUGCCUUUCAAAUAUGGCAAUGAGGAUGAAAACAAAAUUUGACAAGUAUUGGGAUAUAUGCAAUUUAAUUUUAGCAGUUGCAGUGGUAUUUGAUCCUCAUUAUAAGAUGAAAAUAAUUGAGUUUUAUUAUAGGCAAUUUUAUAAAGAUGAAGCAUAUGAACUUGUUUCUGCAAUUAAGAAUUAUUUUCGUGAUCUUUAUGAUGAAUAUAAAGCUACUUAUGCAUUGAAGACACUCUCUGCUGGUACUGGUUACAUUGUUGAUGUUGAGAAGGAUAAUGAAGCAUCUACUUCGACUUCUUUGAUUGAGGUUUCUUCUAAUAAGAAGCUUAGAAUAAGUGCAUUAGAUGACUUUCUUGAAGAAUCAUCACAAAGCCAACAUAGAAAAUCAGAUUUGGAGUUGUAUUUGGAAGAGCCAUUUUACCCAAAAAACAAUCCAAUUGACAUUUUGACUUGGAGGAAAGUCAAUGCACCUAAAUACCCUGUGUUAUUUAGAAUGGUAUGUGACAUUUUGGCUCUUCCUAUAUCAACUGUUGCAUCAGAGUCAACAUUUAGUACAGGUGGACGUAUUCUUGACUUAUACAGAUCUAGAUUAGGUUGCAAGACCGUGGAGGCUUUGAUUUGUGCACAAGAUUGGUUGCGAGAUAAGGCUAAAGAUGAUUCCGAUUUGCCUACACCUUUACCUGAAGAGGAAGCACCAUUUGCAUCUGCAUACAUUGAAACUGAAUCGUAA